CAUCAAGACCAUCAACAACGACGCAGGAAUCACCGGCUACGAGCAUCCAUUGCCGAAAGCSUUCCCGUGGCAGCAGAGCAAACCGAAAAGAACACAUACCACCCACGCCAAAAGGGAAUCAGAAACGAAAGAAAGACAAGCACUUCUUGCACUAGCCCUUGCACUUGCGCUACCACUAGCAGAGCCAUGAAGCUGGUCUCGAACCCGACCGCCGUCCUAGCCCUGGCGGCGUCUUUCUGGGGCCCCAACCCCACCACCACCCGCCACUUUGCCUCGGCCUUUGUCUCCCCGUCCCCUCCGGCAACCACCGGAGGCAGGAACACCCGUCUCGGGGCGCUGGAAGAAGAACAAGGAGAGRYGGUUUCUGUUUCCUCGUCCCRGAGCCUCCUGGCAGACCUCCGGAGGGUCUAUUCGAGGGAAGAGGACACCGUGUACGAGAGCACCCRGAGGAYGAUGGAAGAGUUGGARCCCGGCUCGCUGGAUUCCAUCCUGAACGCCCGGGACCUGGAGGGCGUGCCGACCGAGAGGAUCGAGGGGGCGAAGAUGGAAUCGGAGCCCUUUGGAAGGARCACUGCAAGCACGAGCCCCAGUGUAGCCGUGCACACCAUUCUCAACGAGGUUCUCAACGAGGAAAAGAAGGCAUCGCUCGUGGACACCGAGGAGCUCCUCGCCAACCGAUUUCUCUACGACGUGGUAGCGGCGGAGACCAGAUCGGUCGAGACUUCCGCCGGAGCGGGCGGAAAACCGGAAGCCGGCGGCAACGAAGGGACCCUAGACGAGAGAAUCGAGGACCUGCUCGGGGACCUCGCCGAGAAGCCGCGGGCCGUGGAAAGGGCCGAAGGCGACGAGGGGGAGGGCGUCGUUCUCUUUCGUGCCCCGGAGGCCUCGGACCUGACCGAGGCCAUCGAGGACCUCCUCGACUCGAUCGACGAUCCGGUCGAGGAAAUCGACGCCGUUGGGAGCGGCGANGAAAUCGACGCCGUUGGGAGCGGCGAAGCCCCCCACGAGACCAUCUUUGUCGCCCCGGAGGCCUCGGACCUGACCGAGGCCAUCGAGGACCUCCUGGAAUCCAUCGACGAGCCGGUGGAGUUURGUGCCYCMRGYGAGGCCRCCAUCCCUUUGCAAGAGAAGGCCGGGAGCGACYUCUCGUGGUUCGACRUCCUCGGGGCCGCCGCCGAAGCCGCCGGUGCCAUCGGGGGCGUGGCCGUCCGGGCCGCCUCCCAGGCCAUGGAGGGGGUGGUGCCGAGGGAGGCCCUGGACGUUUCCGUUCCGUACGAGUCGGCGUCCUUCCUGGCCUACACCGAGUGGCUCCUGGAACACGGCAAGGAAGACCGGGACCUCGAGCGGUACGACGACUUUCGGAGGACCUACCGGGAGGUGACCAUUUCGAACGUGGUGACCAAGAAGAAAAUCCGGGACGGCCUCUUCGACGGGGAAAACGCCCCGAGCCCCCGCCUCGCCGUGCUGAACCAAUACGCCGAUCUCCCCGAGGAGGAAUACCGCGCCAGGACCAAGGCCCUGGAACCAAAGUCCCUGGGAUCUAUGCUCGGGGACUUUGCCACCUUUGCCCAGAAGGCGGCCACCGACGCGGCCGGGAGCGUCGUCGGCAAGGCCGGCCCGGACGCGGACGGGGRAAAAGCCCUCUUGCCCGAGCCGGGCCCGAAGCAGGCCCUCUCGUUCCUGGCKACAAAGAUGGGRGAGCUCGCCGCUUCCGUUGAAAAGAAGGAAGCCCCGGAAACAGRGGAAGAGCAGCCCACCGGACCAGAGCCCGAAGCCGCCAGGGACAAGCCCUUUUCCUUCCUUUCCGUGGGACUCCCGGGRAUCCCGAARGAAAGCACCGACGAGCCCGUGGUGGCCGAUGCCACAAGCWCCGRGGCGACCAAGCCCAAGGCCUUCUCUUUYCUUUCCGGGGGACUCCCUAAAGCCCGGGCGAAAUCCGACGAGAACCCACCGACGGUGGAAAAGCCAACAGCCCAGCAAGCAAAACCCGGCCUCGCCAUGUCCUCGUUCCUAUCGGCACCGUCUCUCAAGCCGAAGAAGGCACCACCGAAGGAACAGAAGGCCAAAGCCACCAAAMCCAAAAUCACCUCGUUCUUGUCSGUGCCCACCCUGAGGUCCAAGAAAGCACCAGCAAACAAACCAAAGGAAGAGCCCAAAUCCAAAGUUCCCUCGUUCUUGUCGGUACCGACCCUUGCCUCCAACAAGAAGCCAAAGACGGAACCGAAACCCAAGAUCUCGUCCUUUCUUUCCGGUCCRACCCUAAGGUCYAAGAAGCCGGCAAAGUCCACCCGGGAGAAAAAUAAGGCGACCGGGCUCUUUGGCAAUGUGGGAUCCCUUGGUUCCAGCGGCGUCAGCAGCAGCAGCAAGAACAAGAAGACGGCGCCGAUCCCGKCCCUCGCCAAGUGGAAGCAAAACAGGGACGGAUCCAUCACCGGCUACAUUAGCAACUCGGAGGCCUACGCCACCGGCACGAAGAUCACGACCUCCCCGGUCCCGGAGAACGCCAAGGCCGGGAUYGUGCAGACCGAAUCGGGCAGCCGGUACCGGCUGAAGUAGGGCUCGACGGCCCGUUGGUGCCGGAGUGUGGAAAAAAUCUCUUGUCGAUCGCGCAGUUGCCCGAUGAAAAGAAAUCCAAAGCAAAGCAAGCCAACCGCGGGAAACGGCACACCGGGUUCGUGGUGCGUUUGCAAGCAGWCAUUCUCGAACCAGGAAAAGGAGCUACAGCCGUUGCGAACUGAAAAACCAAGGCACAAACAAUCGUUCAAGAUAGAAAGCAAUGURCRGCAGUGUAUCUAUAUUGUGAUGUCUCGUACGAAAUUGUUUUUAAAUUUUAAGAAAGACCGACACAAAAGUUCUAGAUUAGACSCAACCGACUCAUUUUUAUGAAUCACUAAGAAUAUUGGGCUGUUUGGAUAUGCAUACAGACAACCGUCUGGCUCUCUGGUGAAUUCUUUCCCCAGCAGCUGCUGCUUUUUCCCCCAAGUGCUUUUUUGGGAUGCUCCUUCCGGCGUCGAUCUGUAAACCACCGCUGUUUCGUCUCGGUUUGAAAUGAAGCCGGGGCCCCGAUCGAUUGCGACAACCCCGGACCGAAGGAUUCUGGCGUGACAAACGCAGGCAUUAGAACCGUCUAUGAGUUCUUUGAAAAUAACGGCGAAGUGUUAAAACCUGUUUCGUUUGCUGAUUCCAUGGUGACCGUAAAAAUUGACUUCAACGGUAAUUUUGAUAAUGGCCAGGGGCCAGAAGUGACAAUCCAAGGCACUGCCGCUACUGCUGACAGUGCCGAGGCAACGAAGUAUUUUGAUCUCACCGCAACCUUGUGCGGCGACAACAAUAAAGGUCCGUUCAAGGUUGGUCAAGACUUUGAACUCUGUGUGGAACCCGAUAACUCAGUCACAGAUUACCACAUAUCUGGUUUCAAGAAUGUUGUUUCACUCUUACCGAGGUUAACUGGGAAGACCCUGACACCAAAGACAAGGCCAUUGGAUUUACUAGCGUCGUUACCGCAGGAUUCUUCUCCAAUCCCGAGUCUCCAAAUCCCUCUACUUUUACCUGCAGUGGCAGUGCAGUUAUGAAACAAACUGGUUCUCGCAUGUUGACUGGUAGCAUCAAGACCCAGAGUUUUUUGUUUUCUGGUGUUCGCGGCCUCCAGACCUCCGAAGAGGAUGCAGAUGGUGUAUUUGCUGCCCAGAUUGCUGUUGUUCCUGACAGUGUUGAUUUUGAUGUGUUUGCCGCCCCCGGUGUUGCGGCUGCUACCAGCACCAUCGCAACUGUCACCGGAAUCUUGUUCCUCGCUGCGGCAUUGCUUUAAGGACAGGAAGAGAAAGGAACAAGAAGAAUAAAAAAUUGAAUACAUGUGGAGCAAAAAAGAUACACUAGUCGCGCUGCCCGGCUCGCCCAUAGAGGCGUAAAACAAACCAAAAGAAAAACCAAAAAAUGCUGUUUGGCCGCCCCUUGUGGCGUAAAACAAAACAAAACAAAACAAAAACCUGUGUACAUGUCAAUAAACAUAACGCACCAAA